UAUCGUGAUGGCGGUACCCUGGACUAUUUUGAAUUCCGUCCCGCUUUUUGAAGUUUUCCUUAAAUCUAGUGUGUAAAAUGUGUUUUUAUUCCGGAGAGAACACAGGAUAAGAAACCCUUUUAUGAUGGACUCCGUCGUGGGAGCGGAUUUGACGCUCCCCGUUGACAUCAACGGAAGCUGCAGACUGCCGGACUCCAUAGAUGCUGGAGAAUAUUCCUCAGACAGCAUGACAGCUCCCUCCUUCCCUGACAAGAUGUCCCCAAUCAAAGCUCUCACCAUGAAGGACUAUGAGAAUCAAAUCACAGCUCUGAAGAAAGAGAACUUUAACCUGAAGCUGCGCAUCUACUUCAUGGAGGAGCGCAUGCAGCAGAAAUGUGAUGACUCCACUGAGGACAUUUUCAAAACGAACAUUGAGCUGAAGGUGGAGUUGGAGUCCAUGAAGCGAGACCUGGCAGAGAAACAGGAGCUACUUGUGUCCGCAUCUAAAGCGUUGGAGAGUCUGGCUGGUCGAGAAGCAGGAGAACCCCAGCGUGUUAGAGAGCAAGCUCAGAGAGAGAUGGAUGCACUUCGAGACGCAUUCAGAAAAAGAAUAGCUGACCUAGAACAGAGUUUGCGAACAGCAGAGGAAGAGGUCGACAAGAUGGCAGCCAUCGCUGAGCAGGAGAAGCUUAAGAAUAUUAAGAUUGAGAAGAGGCUCCAAGCCCAGGGUCCACCGAGCACCUUUACCCCUGUCCCCAGCCCAGUCCAAGACCUGCAGCAGGCCCUGCAGGAGAAAGACAAUAUCAUUGAGCAGCUCAAGAUCACAUUAAAGAACCAGGAAGCUGUGAUCCAGCAGAAGAAAAGUGCAGAUAGAGAGACAGAUGCACCAUCGGCUGACUGUGUCAAACAGCUAUCUGAUCUCAUCGCCAAGAAGGAUCAGGAACUUGAGGCACUGAGGGACGAGCUACAUAGAGAGAAGGACACAAGAACACCGGACGAUCAGAGUGAGUUCAGGCGAGUGGAGUCCUGCAAUAAGCAGCUGACUGAAGAGCUCACCCAGGCCAAAAGCACCACUGAAAACCUAACUAAAACACUGGAGGAAACCCAGAAUGAAAACAAGACCCUGUUAGGGAAGUUGGAGGAGAAAGAGAAUGAACUCAACUCUCAGAAGAAAAAUGCUCUAAAGCGAGACAAAACCAUCCAAGGGCUUACUCAGGUCUUCAAAGAAAAGGAAAAACAGAUUGCAGAGCUGUGUCAUGAGAUUGAGGACCGGGAUGACGCUUUGGCCAAGGCUAGAGAGGCAGCACAUAAGGCCCAACUGCAGAAAUACCAGGGAGUAGAGGAACACCAAAAUCUAUUAAUGGCAAAACAAACAGAGCUGGCCCAACUCCAGGGGGAACAUCAUGCCAAGGUGCUUGAAGCCCAAAAGCUGCAGCGUGGCCUGGACAGGAAGGAGCAGGAGCUGGCUGACUUGCAGCAGGCGAAGGACCAGCUAGAGGUGGAACUAGAGGACAUGCAACAGCAGAAGAAGAAAGGAGACAAAGCCCUGAAUGAUCUGAACAAUCGGCUCAAAAAGCUGAGCGGUGAGAUCGGAGACAGGGAGGGUGCUCUAGAGCAGCAGUACCAGGAGCUGCUGGAUCAGACCAAAAGAAAACUGCAGACCCAUGAGGUCACCAUCCAGCGGCUCACAUCCACUCUGGCCGACAAAGAGCAGCAGCUACAGGAGUACAUAAACAUGGUCAGAGACUUUGAGCAAAGCAAAAGUCCAGGAGGAAACGAUAAUGUGCUUUCCAAGCUGCGGCAUAGGCUGAAAGAAAAGGAGAAGGCUCUGGAGCAAGCGCUGGACGAGAAGUUUGCUGCCAUUGAGGAGAAAGACAAUGAGAUACACCAGCUGCAGCUGUCUCUAAGAGAGAAGGAGAGAGACCUAGAUAGGCUCAACAACUUACUCUCUCACAACAAGGAAACCAUCGAUAGUUUUGACAGUCUGAUCAAGGAGAAGGAUGUUGAGCUGCAGCAUCUUGUAAACACACUAAAGAACCUGCAGAGAGCUAAGCAAGAUGUAGAAGAUAACCUGAACAGAUCACUGAGGGAGAAGGACUCCAUCAUCAGCCAGCUACAGCUCUCCCUGGAGGGCAAGACAAAGGAUAUGGAGGAAAUGGCCGAAUCGAUGCUAAACCAGUCGCAGACCAACACACGUGACCUUGCUGAACAGAUGGGCCAGAGGUUAAAGGUCACAGAGGCUAUGCUGGCUGAGACCGUGAAGGCCAGAGAAAGGCUGGUUGCUGACAAUGAGAGUGCUGUGGAAGGACUGUUGGCUACAAUCAGCAGCAAGGACCAGCUCAUCAAGGAGUCUGCGGAGCACUACAACCGCAUGCUGUCUGAGCGCACUCAAGAGAUUCAGCAACUGAGGAAGCAGCUGUCUGACUGGCAGCAGCAGCUUGCCACCGCUGAGAAGCACAGCUCCACAACAGCCCAGGAGGGUUAUUUAGAGACAGCAGAGCUCCGAGCCCUGCUUGCUGAGAAAGACAGCAUCAUCGAUAAGCUUCUCCAGCGUGGUCAGGAGAGGGACCAGUUGCUGGCAGAGGUGAGGCUGAAGGAGGAGCCGGACCGCGUGUUGGAGCUCAGACAAACUAUCCAAAUCAUGCAGGAGAGGUUGGACGAGAAGGAAGCUGAGCUGUCCAGGAACAACAGUGAGGAUAAUGUGGAGAAUAUUCUGCCCUCCAAGAAGACGGUUGUCGUCUUGAAAAAGGAGCUAGCACAGAAAACCGAGGCACUGAAUAAAGCACUGAAGAGGGAGAAUGAACUGAAGAUUUCUCUGGGAGAGCUACAGUCAUUGCUGUCCGAACUGGAGGGUCGCAAUGAAGGUCAGGCUGCUAAUAUUGAGUCUCUGACUGCCACUCUGAAGACCAAAGAUGAGAUCAUCGAUGUCCUCCACCAGCAUCUCGGUCAGAGAGGGGACAGUCGGGUUGAUCAUACCGAGGUUCAGGUCAUCGGCUCUGGCAUGGAGAGGUCACUCCCAGGUCUCCCUCAGAGAGAGAGAACCAUCAUCGGUGGAGAUAGCCAGCAAGAAGCUUUGCCCAACCUUGUAGCCUUGCAACAGGAACAUGAUGCUCUGAACAAAGCACUGAGAGCCGAACAGCAGCUCUACUCCAGCCUGGUCAGGACUGUGAAGGAGCAGGACAGCGCCCAGCGUCUCCACGCUCUGCAGCUUGAGCUGACAGCAGUGCAGCUCCUCAGGCAGCAGCUGGAGGAGAACAUCAAAACUAAUGAGGAGCUAAGGGACGACUUGGAGAGAGAGAGGCACAGAGCCAAACUCAGAGAAGGUAUGGACCUGAUUGAUCCUAAAGAACUGCAGAGCAUGAGACAUCAGCUGGAAGAUGCACAGCGCUGGAAUACCUCUCUGCAGGCUCGCUUAGGAGCCAUUCAGAGCCGUGGAGGAGGGGUCGGUGGGGCUAAUGAUGGUGUUUCAUGUGACUCAAUUCUUUUUUCAGGUGACACUUUGAGUUUCAUCGGCGAUCAGACUUCCUACAUGAGUAUCUGUGUGGUAGAGGGCCAGGAUGACAGCUUGUCUCUACUUUCUGCACAGGAGCUCAGGCAGAAGGUGCUGGAGCUGCAGGAUUGUGUCAGCAGACUGCAGACUGUAAACGACGAGCUGCAGAACCGGCUGUCACUGCUGGAGAGGUCAGACCAUGAAGCUUAUGCCAACGGAGACCAAGAUGUGGCCAGCAGUAGCCCCUUGAAACAGCAGCUUGAGAAGACACAGGAGAUGCAGCCUGUGGCUCACAGUGACAGGACGCAUCGCUCUGGGCAGGAUAAAGAGAGUCAGACAGACAUCAAACUAGGACAGAUGGUGUCUGGAAAGCUGUUGGGUGAUAUAAGUAUGGACAGUGGCCUUGGCCAGAGUAGAGAGCAUGCUCAGUCUGGCAACAACACCUUGGACACUGGAGAGAAAGAUUCCAGGCAGAGGAACACAGAUGUAACAGCACUUAAAUCCCUGCUUACUCAAUGUGGGGCCACAUCAGUCCUGCACCUUAGAGAGGAAUUGCACAGACUCAGAUCAGAAAAUGUGGACCUGCGAGGUCUCCUGAAAGAACAAAAAUCUACUGAGUGUAAAGAGAAAGAGAGCACAGACGCCUCAGGCAACACCAGUGAUGGACAGGCUGAAUUGAGAAGGAGCGUGGAAACACUGCAGGCCGAGUCAAACGCUCAGUCUAAGGCCAUCAAUCUGUCGAAGGAAAAGGGAGAGAAGAACUCUAUGGAGGUGUUAGAUGGGGAGACCCCUGUCACCACUGAGCUAAUCGCCAGCACCACAGAGGGGAUGGAGAGUCCACAAAGUAAAGGCCAGUCACCCAGCAAGAGUACAAAGCAGCAUGUCGCAAGGCAUGGGGGUGGUGCCAAAUCUCGCCUCCCAGUCCCUGUGAGGCCGAGGGUGGAGUCUAGCAGCAGCAUGCCGUCUGUGAGCUCUGGCCAUCUCAAUACUGAUGCACUUCAGCACCUUGAUUUUGAUGGUGUAUAUAGGCCAGACCAGCACCAGCCUGAAGACUCCACCACGUCACCCCAGCACAGCACUUCCCCUUCUUCCACGCUCAGAUAUGCACAUGGUACCGGCAGUCCGGUAGGGUCGGACAAGGGCUCUGAAGCUGGAACAACACCGGAUCACACCCAGGCCGACUCUGCCCUUUUCACUCAGCUGGAGCUUCUCCACCAGGAGUGUCAGGAGAAAGAGACCUUCAUCAAUAAACUAAGUGAGCAGCUAGCUGAUUGGGAAGAGCUCCACGCUCGGCUCCAGGAAAAGGACCGGCUCAAUCGGCAGUACGUGGAGGCCUUACAGGCUGCGGAAUCCACCAUCGCUUACUUGACUGCCUGCAGUCUGGACAGCCAGGGGCGAUUCGGGUCGCACGCCAGUCCGUGUACAGGUUCUGGCUCAGUGGGUUCUGAUUCUGCCAUUUACAGCAGAUGCAUUGAGCUGCAAAAAGCCCUACAGGAGAAGCAGGAGCACAACAACCAGCUCAUAGAGCUUCUGAACAUGGCAGAGAAAGCAAUCACCUCCACUGACAGCCAAGACAGGAUUCCAGGAGUCAGUGAUUUACGUUCGAUGAUAGAGACGGCCUUGCAGCAGGUGAACGCAUCUUCAAAUAGACAGAGUCCAAGAGGUGUCUUUGGAGUCACGGAGGACUCUAUGCAGGAGCUGCAACAACACACAGACUCUUUGCAGGAGGCUCUGUGGCAGCAGAAUAGGCUUAAUGCAGAGCUGCAGGAAAAACUGAGAGCUGCCGAUGCUGCUGCUCGACACGGCUACAACAACGACCAGGAUGGUCAAUGUUCAAGGCCGAUAACAGCAGAAUCACUUGAUGAAAAGGAACCAAAGGGAAAUCCAUUGGGAAUGGGAAGCUCUGAUGAUGUCAAUUUAAAUCAGGAGAUGACCAGAGUUCUGUUGAACUGUCUUGGUGCAGCAGAGUCUGCUGUGGCCUCUCUGGCAGCUCACUGUACAAAUACCAGCUCCUUGGCUUCUGGCAGAUCAUCACAGACCAGUGCUGAGUUUCAGAUGAAUAUAGACAAACUUCAGAGAGCCCUGAAAGAGAGGCAGGAGCUGGGAGAACCCACCCAGUCAACCACCAAAUCCAGCAGCAGUCAGUCCGCUGCUUCAUCUGGAACAAACGGACCACUUCACCAAGAGCUCCAUGACAACCUCUGCCGCCUCUACAAGGUGUUCGGUGAUCACCAUCAGAGGAUCUCUGAACUCCAGGCUUCCCUACAUGAAGAGAGGGGCCGUGGGGAGGAGAGCGAGGUCCACAGGACAGUGCAGGAUGCAAAGGGAUUACCACCAAGUGUCAAGGUUGAACUGGAGACGCUCCAUAAGGCUCUGAGGGAGAAGAGGAAAGCGUGUAAAAACCUGGAGGAGAAACUGGCCACUGCUCUAACCUCCCCUGAAACUGCACGGAAAGCUCUGGAGCAGGAUGACAAAGGCGUGCAGGUGGAUUUGCAGGACCUGGGUUACGAAACCAGUGGCAAGAGUGAGAACGAUAGGGAAGAGAGCAGUAGCACAGAUCUAGAGGUUGGUGUGAACCCUAGCUGCAGCGCCUCUAGCCUGCCUUCCCAACACGAGCAGGCCACCUUCUCCUCCACUGAAAACCUGGACUCAACCUCAAGCACCCCGUACCCUAGUUCCCCAGCUCUCAGCUCAGCCAAGGUCAGUCUGAAAAGCCUGCAGGUCUAUGACGAGUAUGGUGUUUCUAAGGACCCUCUGCAGCUUCAGGGACAAGUCAGAGAGCUGAAGUUCCAGCUGGAAAACCAGACCAAACUCAUCCUCCAAAUGCAAAGUCUUCUGCGUAGGAACUCUCUCUCCAGUGACCUAGUUGCCAACACCUCUGAUCCCUCAACCGUCAAGGAUCAAGAAGGGACAAAGCGGGAGGACCAUAACCAAGAUAGGAGCUACAGAAGUGGGCAGCUAAGGGAGAAAAAGGAGGGUGAGAACCAGGCCAUGAAUGAUAAAACCAGCUCUCUGAAUAUGGAACUGGAAAGAGAAGGGACACUGAACAGAAGCAUGAGUGAACAGCUGCAGCAGACCCGCAGCCGCUCCACAUCACCUGCAAGACUGGACUCUUUGGUGCAGUCGCAGGCCAGGGAGCUGUCGCAACUGAGACAGCAGAUCAAGGAGAGCCGCAGGCUAGGAGCCCUGCAGCGACGGCAGCUAGACGAGCUGAGCAAGGCCUUUAAGGAGCUGCUGCAGGCCGGCAAAGUCGACUACUACAUGGGGGAGGCGUUCAAAGAGCAGCUGGACAAGAGCCUGAGCAUUCUGGACAAGCUUGAAGGACGGCUGGAUAAAGGGGAGUCUCGUCUGGAUAAUGAGGACGUGGUGGCCCUGGAACUGUCUCGGAGGUUGACGAAAGAGCUGCAGGAGAAGAACCGUCUGAUCCGGAGCCUGCAGAGCCAGCUCAGAGGCGAAGGCCCCAGCAGCCAACACAGCUCUCACUCUGAUCUGUACCACUCAGACAGGACCUCCUCCUCCUGCCACAGCAGCCCGACCACGCAAAGUGGCCAUCAAACCGACAGCCAGCGUCACCUUUCUGAUUGGACAGGAACGGAUGUCCCUCCUGUAGGAGGAGCUCAAGAGGACGGAGUUUCUGGUCACAGGGACGCUGGCAGCAGACUGCAGGGCCUGCAGAGGGAGAACGGCCGACUACAGGAUCAGCUGAGGGGCAGCGAGGAGCUCAACGCCACCCUGCGAAGUGAACAUGACCUGCAUCGCUCGAUUAUGGCCCAGACCAGCUCCCUCCAUGAGGAACAGGAUCACGCUCAUGACCAGGGCGGAUCAGAGCCUUGGACUCUGUCUCAUAAACGAGACGGAGACAUCGGCUCACAGAAGAAUGAAGCCGAACAGCCUCGCACAAUGAACUCAGACUCUCUGGCAGAACAUCUCCAGGAGAUCCGCGUGUUGCGACAGCGCCUGGAAGAGAGCAUCCAAACCAACGACCGUCUCAGGGAGCAGCUGGAGAAGAGACUAGCAGAGGUGGAGAAAGACCCAGCAUCUACCAACAUCUUCAUCCAUGGAAACGAGGAGCAGGGUCAGCUGGCCAAUGAGGUGCGAUUGCUCUGGGGACAAAACCAAGUCCUGAAGGAACAGCUCAGCCUGGUGUCUAAAGACAAGCAGAAGGAGCGCGAGAAGCUGCGGGAGACUCUGGCCAGGCGAACGGCCAAACUGGAGCAGAGCAGGAGGGAGUGUGAAGCUCUGAUGCACGAAAACAACCAACUUCAGGAGAGGCUGGAGCACAGCGGCCAAGAAAACUCACAACUGCAGGAGUCUGUGCACAGGUUGCAGUGUGAGGUGAAGCUACAGAUGCAGCAGCUGUCUGACUCCCAGCAUCUUCUGCAGUCACUGCGGGUGGAGCUGCAUGUUUAUGAAAAGAUCAAGAACGAAGCUCACAAGCACAACGAAUCCAGCGAGGCGACCCAGGAGCUGGCCUCCGUCCCGUCCUCUGGCACAGUGGACCUGGGAGAGCUGCUGCUGGAGAUCAGACGGCUGAGGCUGCAGCUGGAGAGGAGCAUCCAGACCAACACGGCCCUGCGACAGAGACUAGAGGAGCAGCUGCUCAGAGGACCCAACCGCUCUGAAACCAUCAACAUCAACUACCUGCUGUCCUCUCCGGAUGAAGGAGGCAGGUCACCGGGCCGUGAAGGCUGCGAGACUCUCCGUCAAUCAUUUCAGAGUCACAACGAACACACCGGUGUCCUCCCUGAUGAGAAAUAUGGCGCUCACUCGGAGGUGGACGGUGGGUCAUUCACCAGCAGCUCUGGUGACAGCGUAUCGGGCGCUCCCCCUCGCCUGGUGCCGGGCCACCGGAUGUGGGCCAACCGCAACGGGCGGCAUAUUUUGGGUCUGAUUGAGGACUACAACGCCCUCCGCAAGCAGAUCUCAGAGGGACGUAAACUGUCGCGGAGCAUGGACAAACAACUGCAGGACAGUCUGCACACACUCCAACAGCAGGCCUCUGACAACAAGGUGAUAGAACAGCAGCAUCUGAAGAGUUUGUCAGGCAGCAUGAACACCAUGCAGCACGUGUUAGAAGAGGCUGGUCGGAUGCUCAAACUGGUGUGGAGAGUCUCUUUGCCAGCUGGUCACAUAGCAGGGGACGGAUUCAACAACCAGCAGGAUGAGCUGAUGAAAAAUGAGAUCGCCAGACUGAAGAGCAGGCUGUCACAGCAGGAGAGGAUGCUGAGUGGAGCCGUUAAACGCCUCCGGACAACCAACCAGCUCAAGGAGGGAAUGGAAAAAGUCAUCAUUGAUCAGCUGUAUCUAACCCACGGAGUGUUGAAGAAAGCCAGGGGGAAUUUAGAGGAGGUCCCAGUCAAUGGCCAGUAGGGGGCACUGCAGAGCGUCAGCCCGAGCAGAUAAGUGUUCGUGUUACUCGAAGAACUGCAGGCAGACACUCUGAAUCCUCAGAGGAUCACCAAAGUGACGCCUCUUUACGCUGCAGCUACUAAAGCUGCCGUUUCAACGCCCCGCUCUGCUUUUUGAUAACGUAGCUCCCUAAUGUUCCUCAGGCCUCAUCCCGUCCUGCUGUAAAACUCUCACCUUACUCCCCCGAUAUCAAAAGCCUUUUUUGUACUACUGCACCUGACCUGCCUAUAGUUUGAUUUGUUUUAGGUACUAAAGUUGUAAAAGUUUCUUUCGUUUUAAAAGAAAAUGCCUUUGUAAAUAGUAAUUACUGUUCCUUUAUUGUUUUUAUAUUAUGCAUAUAAGAACAUGAAAGUGUAUUUUAUUACAGAUGUAUUGUUUUUACCUUUUUUUGUUUUCAUCAGUCAGUUUAUGUAUAGGAUGGUUCUGGACUCCUGUGUGUUCAGUGAAUUAUGUGCAAAUGCAGUAAAGAAAAGAAAUGAAUGAUG